UAUAUAGAUCCUAGAGACUUGCCUUAGUUCAGUUUUCGUUUGGAAUUCGUUUGAGCAACACACAUAUAAAUACAGAUACAGAGAAAAUAUAUUAUAGUUGGAAAAAGUUUACAAAAUGGAUUUGGAUUUAAACCUAGACUCCCUUAGGAGCCGCUCUCUGCUUCGGCAGCUACUCGAUGUGGCCAUAAUGGCCACCUAUGCCAGUGGCAAUUUCCUGCGCAAUCUCUGGCGUUUAUUAUCUGCCGGUGUAAUAAUUGAACCCAGGGAGGAAGACAUAAGGGCCAGCAGAAGCUAUUGGAUUAGGCAAGAGGAGGAGCAGGAGCAGGAGCAGGAGGAGGAGCAGGCGGAGGUGGUGCAUAAUCCUCAGCAGCAACUCCAUCGGGGCGGUGAGGGUGACUUUCACCGUAGUGAGGAUUACCAACUGGAAGAAACUGGUAGUUGUCACACCAAGUUCUUGUAUCCACGACUGGUGAGUGUGGCCUGUGGUUUUCCCAAGGAUUUCACCAAUUAUCCACGCUACGAGCGUGGCAAGUUCGGUGAGGAUGCAUGGUUCCAAAACACCUCGCCGCAGGCGGAUACAAUGGGCGUGGCCGAUGGCGUCGGCGGUUGGCGGGCAUAUGGCAUUGAUCCUGGUGAGUUCAGUGAAUACUUGAUGCGUGGCUGCAAUCGUUUGUCCUCCAAUCCCAACUUUAAUCCCCGACGUUUGGAUUUGCUUCUGAAACGCGCCUAUUUGGAUUUAUUGGAGCAAAAAUGUCCUAUUCUGGGCAGUGCCACCGUUUGCCUAUUAACCUUGGAUCGAGAGGAUAGUAUCAUUUAUACUCUCAAUAUUGGUGAUAGUGGCUUCAUUUGCAUACGUUCGGGGCGUAUCUUGUGCAAGUCACGGGAGCAGCAACAUCAGUUUAAUACUCCCUUCCAGUUGACCUCGCCGCCUCCAUUUUUAAAUGGUCAAUUCCUUAUCGAUCCACCGGAUUGUGCCGAACGUCAAGGAUUUGUGACACGUCCUGGGGAUGUCCUCCUUGUGGCCACCGACGGCGUCUUUGACAAUUUGCCACUGCGGUUGAUAGUCAAGAUGCUCAGCGGUUUGGCUUUCGAGGAAAAUCCUGUGGUCCUUCAGAUGGUCGCCAAUUCAUUGGCCCUGAUGGCUCGAACCUUGAGCUUGAAUCCAAAGUAUAAUUCACCAUUUACCAAAAAUGCAAGGUCACUCAAUAUCGAUACUUCGGGGGGCAAGCCGGAUGACAUUACGGUCCUGGUGGCCACCGUUGUCUAAGGAAUUGAGUGCAGCUUUGAUGUCCUUGGAUCGUUAUUGCAACGGACAAGUAAGAAAGCAGGAUAGCAACAGAGAGAAAGGAAGAGUCUACAAAAAUUUAUUGAAGAGUUUAGAAAAAUUUAAGAGUUAGUGAAGAGAUUAUGCAAAAUCUUUGAGGUAUCUUUAGAAAAUCCAUGACGAAACGAUAAGAAAAAUAAUAUGAAUCUAUGGAGAGUCAAGAAAAAUGUUGAGGAGAAUCAUUGGAGAGUUCGCACAAAUUCUCUGGAGAGUGUAGAAAAAUUGAAGAGUCAACAGAAAGAUUAUUUAAAUCUAUCAAUAUUGAGAUUCUUUAAGGAAACAAAGACGAAUCUAUGGAGAGUCUAGACGAAUUUUAAGGAGAAUCAUUGGAGAGUUCCUACAAAUUCAUUGGAGAGUGUAGAAAAAUUGAAGAGUCAACAAAGAGAUUAUAAAAAAUCUAUGAGGUAUCUAUAUUUAUGAAGAUUCUUUAAGGAAACAAUCUAUGGAGAAUCUACAAAAAUUCUGAGGAGAAUCUAUGGAGAGUUUGUACAAAUUCUUUUGGAGAGUGUAGAAAAUUUAAGAAGUUUAUGACCAAUCUAUGAGAUAUCAAUAGAUAUAUAUAUGAAGAAUCUAUAAGAAAACUAUGACGAAUCUAUGGAGAGUCUACAAAAAUUGUAUGGAGAAAAUUCUAUGAGGAAACUAUGCCGAAUCUUUGAAGAGUCUACAGCAAUUUUAAGAAGAUUCAAUGAAGAGCUUGCACGAUUUUUUUUAGAAAAUUAAGUAAAUUCUUAUAGUUAAUAAAGAGAUUAUGAAAAAUCUU